UAAUUUGGAAUGAAAUGGCAAACACUAUAUGCAAUAGUAAAUAAGGACGCCUGGUGGCGCUGCAGGCUAGGAGUAUGAAGGAAGGGCUCUGUGGAUGCCCGUGACGCCAUUAAGCUGGGAAUCAGAACUCUGAAUGCUUCCUACAAGAAGGAAGCAUUUUAGGUAAGAUCUAGGGGCAGAGAUUUUCAGAGAGGGCAUCGUUCUAGUGCAAGUCAGAAAGAUCUAAUUCGAGAUUAUUUAACAAAUCACCUGGGUUGAUUGUACACCGACUUGAAGAAACUGCACCUCCUUGGAUCGGAUCUGAACAAUGGAGACUGCGCUAGCAAAAACGCCAUGGAAAAGGCAAGUUAUCUUUCUUGCUAUAUUGUUGCUUUUGUGGGAGGCUGGCUCUGAAGCAAUUAGGUAUUCCAUGCCAGAAGAAACAGAAAGUGGCUCCUUUGUGGCCAACCUGGCAAAAGACCUGGGGCUCAGGGUGGGGGAACUGGCCACUCGGGGCGCGCGAAUCCAUUACAAAGGAAACAAACAGCUCUUGCAGUUAGAUAUAAAGACCGGGAAUUUGCUUCUGUAUAAAAAACUAGACCGGGAGGUGUUGUGCGGGGCGACAGAUCCCUGUAUACUGCAUUUCCAACUAUUACUGGAAAACCCAGUGCAGUUUUUUGAAGCUGAUCUGCAGCUCACAGAUAUAAAUGACCAUUCUCCAGAGUUCCUAGAGAGGGAAAUGCUCCUAAAAAUUCCAGAAAUCGUCCAGCCAGGGACUGUGUUUCCUUUGAAAAUAGCUCAGGACUUGGACAUAGGUAGCAACACUAUUCAGAACUACACAAUCAGCCCCAACUCCCAUUUUCAUGUUGUCACUCAUAAUCGCGGAGGUGGCAGAAAAUACCCGGAGCUGGUGCUGGACAAAGCGCUGGAUCGGGAGGAGCAGCCGGAGCUCAGUUUAACCCUCACGGCGCUGGAUGGUGGGGCUCCGCCCAGGUCCGGGACCACUGCAGUCCGCAUUGAGGUCGUGGACAUCAAUGAUAACGCCCCUGAGUUCUUACAGUCGCUGUAUGAGGUACAGGUGCCGGAGAACAGCCCCCUAAACUCCUUAGUUGUCGCUGUCUCCGCCAGAGAUCUAGAUGCAGGAACGAACGGGAAUGUAGCCUACGCUUUCUUCCAAGGUGAUGAAGUUACUCACCCAUUUGUAAUAGACGAAAUAACAGGAGAAAUUCGUCUGAAAAGGGCAUUAGAUUUUGAGGCAACUCAAUAUUACAACGUGGAGAUUGCAGCCACAGAUGGCGGGGGCCUUUCCGGAACAUGCACCGUAGCUAUAGAGGUGGUAGAUGUGAACGACAACGCCCCUGAACUGACCAUGUCGACGCUCACCAGCUCUACCCCAGAAAACUCCCCAGAGACUGUAGUUGCUGUUUUCAGUGUUUCUGAUCCAGACUCUGGGGACAAUGGUAGGAUGGUUUGCUUCAUCCAGAACGAUGUCCCCUUUCUCUUGAAACCCACAUUCAAGAACUUUUACACUCUAGUGACAGAGAGGCCACUGGACAGAGAGAGCCGGGCCGAGUAUAACAUCACCAUCACCGUCACCGACAUGGGAUCCCCCAGGCUGAAAACCGAGCACAGCAUAACCGUGCUGGUCUCCGACGUCAAUGACAACGCCCCCGCCUUCACCCAAACCUCCUACACCCUGCGGGUCCGCGAGAACAACAUCAUCGCGGUGCGGCUGUGCGGGAGGAGCAGGGCCGCCUCGCUGGGUCGCUGCUCGGUGCCUGAGGGCCACUUUCCGGGCCACCUGGUGGACGUCGGCGGUACUGGGACCCUGUCCCAGAGCUACCAGUAUGAGGUGUGUCUGACCGGAGGUACUGGGACAAAUGAGUUCAAAUUCUUGAAGCCCAUUCUUCCCAACCUCCCUCCCCAGAGCGCUGGCCAAGAAAUAGAGGAAAACGCCACCUUCCGGAAUAGCUUUGGAUUCGACUAGGGAUUGGAUCAUGACGCACUGUUGUCAUUUAUCUCUAAUUUCCCCAGAUACAGAAUUUGAGAGAGUCCUGGAGAAAAAAAUCCCACCUUCAGGUACAGCCUUGAUUUACCGUUUGUAAUGAAUGUGUCCAUUGAACUUUUCUUGUCCAAUUUUGGAAAACUCAAUUCUAUGUCACUGCAUUUAUUUACAGAGUGCCAUUCCAAAUCCAUACAUGCUGUUGAUUUCCCUGAAAUUUUUGGUCCCUCUUUUGGUGUUUGUUGCCAUGAACUGUCUUAAUAAAAUCAAAUAUUAAUUGUUUUUCUCUGUAUUCUAUCCAUUCUGUUUCAUCACAUUCUAAGUAUAUUUAGUGCUAAACAGCAAAAAUAAAAAAUGU